AUGUUUGAACUCUACCUCCUUACCUUCAAUGCCGCGCGCAACCUCGUCGAUCCCCAGUCCCUCGCGCCUUCCUUCUUCGACGCCCUCCCCAAAGACACGCCUCUGCCCGACAUCGUCGCCAUAUCCCUGCAGGAGGUUGCGCCCAUCGCCUACUCGUUCCUCGGAGGCUCCUAUCUGAAGCCUUACUUUGACCGCGUGACCACGACAGUCCAGCUUGCCGCCGACCUCCGCAGCAAUGGCAGCGACUCACUCGAGCACAUCGCGACGCGCAGCCUGGGCAUGACGGCCCUGAUGCUCUUCGCCAAACCCCACGUCAUACAGAGGAUACAGUGGAUACAGUCGGCAGGCGCAGGUGUCGGCUUCUCCAACAUGGGCAACAAGGGCGCCGUUGCCAUGCGCGUCUGCUUCUCGUGCCCCGACUCUGAAGAUACUCUCGAUCUCACCUUUGCGGCCGCCCAUCUUGCGCCCAUGGAGAGCAAUAUUGACGCGCGGAACAAAGACUGGGAGAAUCUGGUGCGGAACCUGGUCUUUGUCAACAACGAUGACUCCCCGUACAGCUCAAGCGAAGAGCGACCGCUGCUUGGCCCCUCGUCUGAGACACCAGCCGACCACAACGGUCUCUUUACGCCUGGCAACCACGUCUUCUUCUACGGCGACUUGAACUACCGCACACACGACAGCCCACCAGAAGAGGGUGCGCAUCAAUCAUACCCUCAGCCGACAGCGUCCGAAUCGUCGCCAACACACUACUCACAUCUGCUGAAGAAGGACCAACUGAUAAGAGAAAAGGACGCUAAACGCACCCUGCAUGGCUUCCAAGAAAUGCCUAUCAACUUCCCGCCUACAUACAAGUACGCCACCUCACAUGGCAAGAACUCCAACGCGCCCAAGCGAUCUGGAGAGGACGACUCAUGGGAGUGGUCGAAACAUCGGUAUCCCUCAUGGUGCGACCGAAUCCUCUACCUCCCAUCCGGGUCUUCAUCAGACCUUGAGCCGCAAAUUUACACCGCCUUGCCCGUACAGCCGACGUCCGACCAUCGACCGGUUGCUCUAUCUGUGCGCGUUGAUGACAAGCCUAUUAAGAUGGGCGUGAACGACGUUCUUUCCAGGCCACCCUUUGAGGUCAACCCACAGUGGAAAGCCAGGAGAGACGCAGCUCGACGGUGGGAGCUUAUCGUAGGCGUCAUGUCGUAUCUCGCUCUGACCGGCAAGGGCAGAAUCAUUCUCAUCACUUUCCUGGGUGUGGUCAUUGGCAGUCUGUUCCUUGCUGGGUCACUGACCAGGUAA